AUGUAAAAGGAUAAUUCUCGUUAAGUGAAACACAAUCGCCUUCUCUAGUACACCUAUAAAGCGUUCACCUGCGAUUUAGUACUAUCUCCUUUUACGUUUUGGCAGCGCUGAGCCGCCGUAGAAAAACGUGGCGAAAGAUUUUCUGUGCAGUUAAGAAAGUGAUGAGAGUAAAACCGAAAGAGGAAGCUUUAAUUAUUUAAAAAAAAAAAUAGAGCCGUUUGCUUUCACAGCAUCUUGUUUGGGUUCCGACAUUAAGCUAGGUCGCUACCUAAAAGGAGGAACCUUUCUCCUGAUUAUCUUGUAGGUAGAUUCUACAUAUGUAAUCGAUAAGAGCAUCCGAAGUCGAACCCGUUAAUACUCUAAUAGACAUGGCUUUGCUUUAUCCAGCGCCGUUGAUGCUUUUAUUCAUCGCCAGACUCGGGCCGCUUGAUGCGAAUUCAGCUGCAGCCAGAGUCAAGUUCCAUCUAAUGCAUCAUGCGGAUGGUGAAGCGAGUGAAUUUACUAACACGUUCGAAACUACAGAACAGAGCAUUAAUUUGCGUUCCCAUGGACAUUAUGGCAAGGACGGAAAACUGGGUUUUGAUCCAGGCGAUGCGGCGCCGGCUUUUCAGAUUAAAACCCUCGAUGGGGAGUUUGUCUAUCCACCUGCAGCGGGAUUGAAGUUUUCGUUAAUCAUUCAUGCAUACACUGCCAAAUCGGCUUUCCUAGAGUGCUUAUGGACGUCGGAGUCCUCUCUGAUGGACCUGGUUGAAGGUCUCCCUAAUAACGCCCAAGCGCUCUUUGUGUCUUAUGAUGACACGGCAGCAGCAGACGCGCUGUGGAUGAGGGAACAGAUUCAACGGGUGGCAACUGCACAGAGGCGGAAAGACGUAUUGGCCAGGGUACAUUUCUCUCCUCUGGCUGUCCAUGAGCUGGGAAACUGGAUUCCCAGUGUGCUGUACUCUUGGAGUUACUCUAGACUUCCCCAAGUUGUUUUCACCUCUUCAGAAUGGGACAUGCCUUUGGUCGCCAAAAGGUUGGAUGCGAGAUAUGAUUGGCUGAGGAGACACUGGGGUCAGAAGUCCUUUAACCUGGUUGGUGCAGGAGAUGGGUGCAAACCCUCACCUGCUGUUGCUGGUGCCAUUGCAUGGAUAUCGGAGGGAAACUGCUCGUUUUUUACAAAGGUGAGGAACAUGGCCUCCUCGGAAGCCAGUGGCGUUCUGGUGUACGCUGCCAUGGGAAACCCGAUUCAGGACAUGAACUGUGAGGGGAGCGAGUGCCUCACACUGCUCACCAUACCGGCGUCGAUGGUGCCUGCGCAGCCGGCCGUGGACCUUGGUCUUCAGAAAGGGAAGCCGGUGAAUGUGUCCUUCCAGAGCACAGCCUUUCCUAACUUCUUCAUGGGAAUUGACCAGCAGGGAGCGUUGGCGGAGAUGGGCCUCUUUGCCUACCCGUCGUUCAGCUUUUUCAAUUGGCAAGCCCAGUGGUUCGAUUUCUCUGAGCGUUUACGAGAGCGGCUUGCAGUCCCCGUGCGUCUCGUCAAGGUGCUUGAGGACGUCGUGAUGCAGGGGGACAGUGGAGCUGUCGCCACAGUUGAUCUGCCCCCAGAUAUGACAGAUUUCAACAUUCUGGAGCUAGAUGCUUCGCUGUCCUGUCCGGGGAAGCGUGACGUGACCUGUCCACCUUGGGACCACACAGUGCAGCUGUACAUUUGCUGCGACCACUUCAGCUCACUCUGCAACCAGGAACUCGGCCGCUGGAUCACCGCGUUCCGCAGAGGCACUGGGCACUGGUUGACGGACGUGUCCCCGUUAAUUCCACUGCUGAACAGUGGAAGGUGCACAUUCACCAUGAAGACGGCGCCGUGGGCAAAGCCGUGGGUGGCAGGACUACGCCUGCGAUUCAGUCACACCGGGAACCACUCUGACCAGCUUUACCCAUUCAGCCUAAGGCCUCUGUAUACUGGAGGAGUUUUUGACAAAGAAUACAACAAAAGAUUUCAGCCAAUCAAGUUCACCGUACCGCUGUCUACUAAAAAAGUGGAGGUCUACGCCGUGAUCACUGGGCACGGGAGCGACGAGAACGGCUGCGGGGAGUUCUGCGUGACGUCGCAUCAUUUCCUGAUCAAUGGCAUCCACAACAACUCCCUCGUGUUUGACUCUGCCGGCACCGCGCUGGGCUGUGCCAUGAGAGCUGGGGAGGGCGCCGUGCCCAAUGAGUUUGGCACCUGGCUGUACGGCCGCGGCGGCUGGUGCGAUGGCAUGCAGGUGGACCCUUGGAGGAUAGACGUCACCAAGCAGCUCAAUCUGACUGGGCCCAAUUCUCUCAUCUACUUUGGUUUGUAUCAGGAUAAAGACCCGAACCCCACAUCCAAUCCAGGAAAUAUUAUCAUGUCCUCUUAUCUUGUCUUUUACAAAUAAUGUUUUAGCGAAUAUGAAGCGUGCUUUAUUUUUGUUCUGAAUGUCUUUGCGAAGAGUAACAAUUGAUUAAAUGAACCUUUAAUUGUCUAA